AUGGGUCUACUAGCACUGGGAACCGCCCUCGACUGGCCCGAGGCCAAAAAGCGCGCUCCCCAAGUCCGGGAAUGGGGUAUCAAGCAACUUCUCGAAAUCUGGAACAAGGCAAAGGGCAAGGAGCGCGAUGCUUUGUUAUGGGGCGAUGAGGUUGAGUAUCUGGUUGUGACAUACUCGGAAGACAACCAAAAAGUCUUGCUUUCUCUCCGACAAGCAGGGAUUCUUGAGGCACUGGCUGCCGAUAAGGAACUCAAGAAGGAGGGUGGCUGUGUCCCUGAUCUUCAAGAUGCUGAGACGGAGAAAAAGCCAAGGACCAUUCCUGUGUUCCACCCGGAGUUUGGCCGCUUCAUGCUCGAGGCAACCCCGGGUAAGCCCUGGGGUAUCGGCUUCAAGGAGCUGCUGGACGUUGAACCCGACAUGAAGCUGAGAAGGAAGAUUGCCAAGGAGCACAUGCUGUCCACCGAGUACCCUAUUACUCUCACCACAUUCCCUCAAAUUGGUGUCCCAGGACAGUUCACUGACCCAUACUACCCGCCCUCGGGUCCUCGCUUGCGCUCUCAGUUUGUUCCGGAUGAGAUCGCCAACCCUCACAUCAGAUUCCCAACUCUGGCGGCCAACAUCCGCUCUCGCCGCGGCCGCAAGGUCCAGGUCAACGUCCCCGUGUUCCAUGAUAAGAAUACACCGAGCCCCUGGAAGGAUCCUACCGUCAACUUUGACAUGCACAAUUGGCCCGAAGACGACGAUGUGCGCAACGGCGCGGCCCCGGAUGACUUUAUCCAUAUGGAUGCCAUGGCCUUUGGAAUGGGCAGCUGUUGUCUCCAGAUCACCUUCCAGGCCAAGAACAUCACCGAAGGAAGACAGCUCUACGACCAGCUGAGCCCCCUGGGGCCUAUCAUGCUCGCCUUGACUGCCGCUACACCCGUGUACAAGGGCUUCCUCGCCAACACGGAUGUGCGGUGGAACCAGAUCAGCCGCGCUGUUGACUGUAGAACGCCAGAAGAACUGGGAGAAAAGCCCCUGAAGGAAGGUCAACGGAGGAUACCCAAGUCACGAUAUGCGUCCAACUCAACGUACAUCUCGACUGACCCACGAUUGAGGAACGAGUAUCUCGACCCUGACUUGGUCUUUGACCCGGCUAUCAAGGCUCAGCUUCUCGAGGGUGGCAUGGACGACCGACUUGCCACACACUUUGCACAUCUCUUUAUCCGAGAUCCCAUUGUCGUUUUCGAGGAGGACCUUCAGGAGCUGGACCUCACCAAGACGGACCACUUUGAGAACAUCCAGUCAACUAACUGGCAGCACAUGCGGUUCAAGCCGCCGCCUGCCGACAACAGCAUUGGAUGGCGAGUCGAGUUCCGGUCCAUGGAGAUUCAGAUCACCGACUUUGAGAAUGCUGCAUUCUCUGUCUUUAUGGUGCUCGUCACGCGUGCCAUCUUGUCGUUUGACCUCAACUUUUACAUCCCCAUCAAGAAGGUUGAUGAGAAUAUGGAGCGUGCCCACGCUGUGGAUGCAGUUUUGAAGGAGAAGUUCUACUUCCGACGAAAUCCCUUCCCUAAUCGACCUUCGAGAGCCAACACGGUGUUUGGCGAGGACAGCCGGCCUGGUUCCGCACAUCCCAGCCGACCCCCAUCCCCUGGAGGACCCGUGGAGCUCGAGUACGAAGAGAUGACGGUCAACGAUAUCAUCAACGGAUCCGAGUCGGGAGACUUUCCCGGUCUGAUCCCCAUCGUCGAGAGCUACCUCGAUAGCGUCAACGUGGACGUCACGACUAGGUGUCACCUCUCGACAUACCUGGACCUAAUCUCCAAGCGAGCAAGUGGCGACCUUGAUACGACAGCUCGAUGGAUCCGCAACUUUAUCGACGUGCACCCCAAGUACAAGCACGACAGCGUUAUCGACGACGAGAUCAACCACGACCUCAUCGGCGCCGUCAUUGCCAUCGGCGAGCGGGAGAGCGCGGGCCGGGGCUUUGCGGGACUCGGCAUUCACGGGCUGGAGCGGCUGCUGAACGGUUUCCGGGGAGGCUGCGGCGGCGGUAACAGCAGCAAGGCGGCCAACAGCAACGGGAACGGCAACGGCACAAACGGAGAGGUGGAGUCCGGUAACGGUGCACUCAAGCGUAAGAGCGAGUGGAUUGACGGAAACGAGGGGGCGGCGCCGUGA